AUGACGAGACUAUCAAAAAGAAGGCAACAACUACGUGCAAAUGCUGUACAUGCGCGCACCACUCGGCAAGAGUCGCUAACCUCGUUGAUCUGGAAUCAAGUGAGGAUUGAUGAUGAGUUAAACAAUGACGAACAUGGGUGUUCAAUUAGUGACCUUUUACUUGUUGAAUCUAAAAAAGGUUUGAAAAGCAAACCCAUCCUUUCUGUUACAGAGGAGACUCAAGACGAGCAAAACGACGAAAAAGGCAAACCCAACGAGAAGCAGCAACAGGCUGGAAAUAUUAUUGAUGAGGAAUAUGCUGAAUAUGAACAUGAAAAUAUAAUCUGUAAGACUAUUGAUUUUGUUGUAAUGGUAAUCCAAAAGGAACCACUCUCUAAUGCUUAUAAGGUCCGAUAUACUGCCAUCCUAUACUUUCUUCGACUUGUAUUGAAUGGCACAAGGAAAUAG